CGGGAGCCAAUAGGGAAGCGUUUCGUGUAGGUCUUCUGAGGUGGCGGCGCCAGCAGCGGCCGCCGGCCAGUAGGGAGCGGGCUGAGAGGGGUCGCGGCGGCGGCGGCAGGCGGAGCGUUAGGUCGGUGUGCAACCGGCAGUGGGGCGCCCGCCGGCUAGGGGAGGCCGUGGAGACCUGGGCGAAGGGCCGGGCCGAGCAGCUGUGUGGAGCCGGUCGUCAGUCUCCCGGCGCCUCUGCUCUGUUGAGCAGCAGCAGUCGGAGGGAUAUUAAAAAUGGCUACUCCCCAGUCAGUUUUCGUCUUUGCAAUCUGCAUUUUAAUGAUAACGGAAUUAAUUUUGGCCUCCAAAAGUUACUAUGAUAUCUUAGGUGUGCCAAAAUCAGCAUCAGAGCGCCAAAUCAAGAAAGCUUUUCACAAGUUGGCCAUGAAGUACCAUCCUGACAAAAAUAAGAGCCCUGAUGCUGAAGCAAAAUUCAGAGAGAUUGCAGAAGCAUAUGAAACACUCUCAGAUGCUAACAGGCGAAAAGAGUAUGAUACACUUGGACACAGUGCUUUUACUAAUGGUAAAGGACAAAGAGGUAACGGAAGCCCUUUUGAGCAAUCAUUUAACUUUAAUUUUGAUGACUUAUUUAAAGACUUUGGAUUUUUUGGUCAAAACCAAAACACUCGGUCCAAGAAGCAUUUUGAAAAUCACUUCCAGACACGCCAGGAUGGUUCCAGUAGACAAAGACAUCAUUUCCAGGAGUUUUCUUUUGGAGGUGGACUGUUUGAUGACAUGUUUGAAGAUAUGGAGAAAAUGUUUUCUUUUAGUGGUUUUGACACCACCAAUCGGCACACAGUACAGACUGAAAAUAGAUUCCAUGGAUCUAGCAAGCACUGCAGGACUGUCACACAACGAAGAGGAAAUAUGGUUACUACAUACACUGACUGUUCAGGACAGUAGUUCACUGUUUGUCCUCACUAAAUCCAACUAGUUGACUCUUCUUCAAUAUCUUUGAUGCAAAACAGUUUUCUGUGAACUAUUUUGACAAGUGCAUGAUUUCACUUAACUUGAUAUAGAUAUUAAAUGUAUUUAAAUGGUUUUUGAAAAUUCAGCAACAUUCAUGUAGAGAAAUAGAUAAUUAUUAAUUUUCCUGAUUAGGAAACAUUCUUUUUUAAAAAAACAAAAGAUAUUAUAAUUCUGCCUGGUCUUUUUUUCUCUACUUGGCCCUUGGGCUUACUUGCGUGGCCAGUUUUAUUACCAAGAAAAGAUUGAGUUCACCUGAUACGUAUUUCAAAGUUAAACUUUAAAACUUACUGUAGAUUUAAAUUUGUGAACUUCAGUGGUUUUUGCAGUGAAACCUUUGCUAAUUUAAAGUUGCAUGCUCUGCAGCAUCUCUGAUUUGGGUUGCUAAAUGUACAUGAAACUGUAAUUGAGUCACUCAACAAAGGAUAAUAGUAUCUUUCCACUGAAAGCUUCAGAAAGUCACAGUUUAAUAUUUACCACAGAACCAUACCUUUCUGUAGUAAAAUUGGAGUAAGGGAAAUGAUUGUAUUGCUUAUAGCCAUUUAGGCUGAAAGACAGUUGAAAACUUUUGAAAUAUUGCCAAGACAUUGUUACAUGUUUGGUCCCUGGCUAAUGAUUUUGUAGUGUUGAAAUCAUAGCUUAUUUACACAUCUUUUCACAUUUCUCUUAGUCGUUGGCGCUCUAGGUCUUCUAUGAAUUUAUGUAUCUCUUGUGUGUGGUUCCUCUUCUUUGCACUCAUCUUUAUCUAGAGAUUGACUAAUACCUCAUUCUGUUUAUACAAACAGCCAGUAAUUUCAGUGCAAACUUAUUAUGUGCAAUAUUUUUAAAUCCUAAGAAAUGUGUGCUUUUGUUUUCAUUUGACUUCUUUAGUUCUGCACUUUUUGCAUUCUACUCCAUAUGAGUAUUAAUCCUAUGGAUACAUUAAAACUAGUAAAUGUCUCAUAAAACCUUGUGUGUGAGUGAGAGAAAUAUAAUAUUUACAAUAUGA